AGUUACUACAGCCUUUCUCAUUCGCCCACGAGUAUUUAGCUCUAAAGAAACAUACGAUCCAGUUACCAACGAAACUAUAUUUAUAAGGUCUUUACCUUUUCCUUCAUGGUUUCCCAUAGAUUUUCAUGAACACUACAUGUUGUGCUAUAUAACUCAAACAAUUGAUCUUCUUAGCGGCGCAAUUUUUCUGGUUAGCACAGUUACCAAUCUAUUCGCUAUCAUUUUCUUCAUUUUGGGAGAAAUGGUUAUACUUAACUACUUGUUGGUAAACUUCAAUUACUAUGCACAGAAAGUUAAAACUCAACUUCAGGUAGAUACUUUUGAAGCUGACGAUGUAGCUCUUAGAGAGUGUAUAAUUCUUCAUCAAAAUAUAAUAAGGCAUAUGAAUGCUUUUAACGAAGAAUUCAGAUUAACAUAUUUGUUGGACUUUCUUCACCACGCCCUGGUGACAAUUUUUGGUUUUGGAUGCAUGUUUCGGUUGGAACUAACACAUUUAGAAACAAUCUUCUACGAUUUAAUAGUAACAGAAACAUUUUUUAGAAUAUAUGUUAGUUAUUGCAAUGGGACCGACAUAAUCAUUGAGAGUUCGAGAGUAGGAUCAGCCAUUUGGAACAGCAACUGGUACGAAGAAUCUAACACAAAUCAACGAAAUAAAUUAAUAAUGAUGUUGAAAUCUACAAAGCCGAAAAGGCUUGAAAUGGGGCCAGUUGGUGUCUUCUCUUUAAAAACGUAUUUGUUGGUCUUUGCUUUGACAGUCAUAGCAACUUCAGGAGAUUUAUAUUUAAAUAAAAUGUAGUUGAAUCACUACUAAAGAAGAAAAUGGUAUUAUGACAUUCCAGAAUUGUUUUAUUUAUUUAUUUUGUGAACAGUAAGCAAUAAAUACUUGAUUCAAAGUUA